AUGUUCAAGUCAAAAACAAGCACUUUAAGUUACAAUAAAAUCCUGAACUCCAACGAGGGUGAUCGCAAUGCAGUGCCUGUAAAUCCUGAAGAAACGAGUCAAAUGAAACAUUUGAACAUACCAGGCGACAGGAGCCGACAUUCUUCUAUUGCAGAUUCAAAGAGAAGCUCUACUAGAUAUGAUGGAGGUUACUCUGCGGAUAUAGUUCCUGCUCAGUUAAGGUUUAUUGACAAUAUAGAUUACGGCACAAGGCUGAGAAAAACACUUCACAGAAACUCAGUGGUUUCAAACGGGUACAAUAAUCUCAAUGAGAACGACCGAUGGUAUUUUGAUCUAUUUGAUAGGAAAUAUUUCGAAAACUAUCUCGAGGAACCUGCAUAUAUUAAAAUAUUCAAGAAAAAGGAAGACUUGGAACAAUUUGAUAGAAUGUUCUUGGCUCAAGAGCUAAAAAUCCCCGAUGUAUACAAAAAUGCAACCUAUCAAGGAGAAUCUGCAGUUGCUAAUUCAGAGCUUUUCAAGAAUUCAAUAUGCUGCUGUACAUUCAGUCAUGAUGGUAAGUAUAUGGUUAUUGGUUGUAAAGAUGGCUCUUUGCAUCUCUGGAAAGUCAUAAACUCGCCAGUUAAGAGAUCCGAAAUGGGACGCUCAGAAAAUUCAGUUAGUGCAUCCAGAGCAAACUCGCUAAAAAUCCAAAGACAUCUGGCCAGCAUUAGUUCUCAUAACGGCUCCAUAUCAAGUAAUGAUUUAAAACCAAGCGAGCAGUUUGAAGGAUCUUCGAAACAAUUACAUUUAUACGCGCCCGUUUUCUAUUCUGAUGUUUUCAGGGUUUUUAUGGAGCACGCUUUAGAUAUUUUAGAUGCGAACUGGUCCAAAAAUGGAUUUCUAAUAACAGCUUCAAUGGACAAAACUGCAAAACUAUGGCACCCUGAGAGGAAAUGUUCCUUAAAAACGUUUGUACACCCAGAUUUUGUCACCUCCGCCAUAUUUUUUCCCAACGACGAUCGUUUCAUGAUAACAGGAUGCUUAGAUCACAGGUGUAGAUUAUGGUCCAUACUUGACAAUGAAGUUUCUUAUGCCUUCGAUUGUAAAGAUUUGAUAACAUCCUUAACAUUAUCCCCCCCUGACGGGGAAUAUACAAUUAUUGGUACAUUCAAUGGAUACGUUUAUGUUUUACUGACGCAUGGAUUAAAAUUUGUAUCUUCAUUCCAUGUAGCUGAUAAAAGCACUCAGGGAACCACUAAGAAUAGCUUUCAUCCAUCCUCCGAAUAUGGAAAGGCCCAACACGGGCCUCGGAUUACUGGCUUACAAUGUUUCUUUUCUAAAGUAGACAAAAAUUUGAGAUUAAUAGUUACAACAAAUGAUUCAAAAAUUCAAAUUUUCGAUCUGAAUGAAAAGAGACCUUUAGAAGUUUUCAAAGGAUUCCAGAGUGGUUCCUCACGUCAUAAAGGUCAAUUUUUAAUGAUGAAAAGCCAGCCUAUAGUUUUUACGGGUAGUGAUGAUCAUUGGUUCUACGCCUGGAAAAUGCAAUCUUUUAAUCUAUCAGCAGAAAUGAACUGUGCCACUCCACAUAGGAAGAAAAAGCUGAGUGGAAACAUGAGUUUAAAAGGGCUACUGAGGAUUGUUUCUAAUAAGAGUACGAAUGAUGAAGCUUUGACAGAAACCUCAAACCAAAGCAGCUCACAUACUUUUACCAACUCAUCAAAAAAUGUCCCUCAAGCUCAAACCGUUGGUUCUCAAGCUAUCAAAAACAACCAUUAUAUAUCAUUCCAUGCCCAUAAUACCCCCGUCACAUGUGCUUCCAUUGCGCCUGACGUUGCAAUUAAGAAUCUGUCGCUGUCAAACGAUUUAAUUUUCGAACUGACUUCACAGUAUUUCAAGGAAUUGGGCCAAUAUAAUGCAGAAUCUAGCGAAAAGUGUGAGAGCAAACCCAAUUAUCUUAUUAAAGAAACAGGAGGAUUCAGCUCAAACCUAUCGAACGUCGUGAAUAAUGUUGGAACCAUGCUAAUAACGACAGAUAAUCAAGGUCUGAUCCGUGUUUUCAGGACUGAUAUCUUACCAGAAAUACGAAAGAAAAUAAUAGAAAAGUUCCAUGAGUACAAAUUGUUCCACCUUGAGGCUGCUGGUAAAAUAAACAGCCACAAGGGUGACAACAUAUUAGAAAAUAGAAUGGAAGAAAAAAGUUCUACAGAGGAUAAUGAGUUUAGCACUACACCACCAUCAAAUACACACAACGGUAGGUCAAGCCACGAUUUUUACGAGCAGCAUUCUAAUAAUAGCCCAGUGAUUUCCGGCAUGCCGUCAAGAGCCAGCGCUAUUUUCAAGAAUUCGAUCUUUAAUAAAUCCAAUGGAAGUUUUAUAUCCUUAAAGUCGAGAAGCGAGAGUACGAACUCUACGGUAUUUGGACCGCAUGAUAUUCCAAGAAGUUCCACUACAUGCCCGAAGCUGAAAUGUGACGUCUGCAAUGGAUCUAAUUUUGAAUGUGCUUCAAAAAACCCAAUUGCAGGUGGCGAUAGCGGUUUUACAUGUGCUGACUGUGGUACAGUUCUCAAUAAUUUCAGAUAG